AUGGGUUCGCCGAUUUCGGGAUUCAUCGCCGAGGCGGUCCUGCAACGGUUAGAGUCGCUGGUCUUCCAACACCACAGACCGAAAUUCUGGGCCCGUUAUGUGGAUGAUACCUUCGUCGUCAUCGAACGGGAUCAGGUGUUGACAUUCCAAGAACAUCUCAACGCCGUCUUCCCGGACAUUCAAUUUACGAUGGAGGAGGAAGCGAACAACCAGCUGGCCUUCCUGGAUGUCCUCGUAUGCCGCAAGGAUUGUGGUGGACUAAAGACCAAAGUGUUCAGGAAAGCGACAAAUACGAUGCAAUUAUUGAACUUCAACAGUAACCACCCAAUCAGCCACAAACGCAGUUUUGUAAGGACGCUCUAUCGGCGUGUCGAAACGCACUGCAGUGAGCCGGAAGACAAAAUUGCUGAACUACAAUACCUCCGACGUGUCUUCAAAGCCAAUGGCUACCCGCGCAACUUCGUCGACCGGUGCAUACGCAAAAGGGACGAAAGGCCUAACCGCACGGACACCAAGUCUUGGCGGGCACUUCCGUAUGUCAAGAACGUUUCGGAAGCUGUCGGCCGCCUUCUCGCACCACUUGGGGUUGGAGUGGCACACAGACUGGAGGCUACCAUCAGGAGUCUGAUCAUGAAACCGAAAGACCCACUGCCACGGCUAGAAGCGUCUGGAGUCGUUUAUCGGAUCUGGUGCAGUUGCGGACAAAGCAACUACGUCGGAGAAACCGGAAGACAGCUCCGAACGAGAAUGGCCGAACACGCGGCAGCGGUGCGCAGAAAUGACGCCAGCUCUCAAGUUGCGGCUCAUUUGACGAGAUCCGGCCACACAUUUAAAUUUGAUGAGGCCGAAAUUCUCGCAAGAGGUGACAACCGAGUGAGCCGGGAGCAACUGGAAUCAUGGUUUACUGGCCCCCAGUCCAUCAACAAGUGA